GUGAACAUGUGCACGACAGCAAGCAGCUGAAACUUCACCCGGUUUUUGCAGGAGCUGAAUUAUCCACAGAGGUCUCUUCUUCUCCAGAACAAACAGACCAGCUGAUUUAAACUGUCCAUGAGCGCUCACACCUCCCCGGAGCAUCCCGUUCAGCCAACCUGUUGAUCCAAUCUAACUUUGUCAUGACGCAGCCAAGUGCGAGGGGUGUGUGUGACACGAGCCUUCAUAUUCCUCUGACGUGAGAAAGAAACUCUCAGAAGAGCAAGAAGUCAAGCGGACAUAAACCAAAACACACUCACACACUCAAGACGAGACAGAGCAGCGAGAGCAAGACAGGGACAUGAGGACCGUCCAGAGCCAAAGUCAGCAUGCGCAGCGCGGAGCCUCCAGCAGCCUGCACAGCCUCAGCAGCGGCGGCGUGAGUCCCCUCAGCACCGCCAGCGUCACCCUCACAGCCCUGCUCAUCAUCCUCACCAUCCCAGUCUGCCAAAGUGCUCCAGCAGAACUUCAGCAAGCCACAACAGAUCAGAGGCAGCUCCUCAGCCAGAUAGAUGCUGUGUGCUCAUCCUACCUCUCUGCAGACCUGAAGUUUUGGGCAUCUGAUGUCUUAGGAGAACUCUGUGUCUUGAUGCUGGUUCAGAAGUCAAAGGAGCUGAAAGUGCGAGAAAAUAGUAAAAGGUUUUUAUUUCAUUACUCAAGACAGCAAAGUUCUGCUUUGUCAGACAGAGUGACCCCUCCGUUGCACCCUCUCCUGCGUCUAGUUUCCCAACUCCAUACCAGAAGAGAGAGAGGACUCUCAAUGCGCGCUGAACUCCAGGGACCUGGGGGAAUCCAGAGCAGAGGUUACUUCCUCUAUCGGCCACGAAAUGGAAGAAGAUCCUUAGAAUAUGAGUAAAUUAAAGAGUCGCCACCUCUGGAGCUGAGUGUACAGAGACAACACAGACCCUGAGACCCCGAGCCGCUGCACCACGACUGAGUGAUCCAGACUUUAGCCACAGUCCUCUGCCACUGCUGUACAGUGAUGUCUGAAUGUACACAGAGAACAUGAUUAAAAUACUCUCCAUUUGUCCAGAUUUUAUUUUGUGUUAUAUGUGUGUCAUUUGCAUUAAAACUGCAAC